ACCUCCAUCUCCCCGAAGGGAUUCAGAGCUCACAUGGGCAUGAACCCAACAUCGACAUAACUUAAAACAAUCCAUGAAAUGUAAAACAAUAUAACAAUAUAGUAUAAAACAGCAUAAAACAACAUAAAAUAUUUUCCCUCCUUGGAGUGCACUUUCCUCAGCGCCAGCCCAAGGGAGCCAUGCUCUGCGUGAGGAUCAGGAUGAGGGCGUUCCCUUCUGCAGCCUCCCCAUUAUCUGAUGCCCUCCCCUUCAAAGCCCACCCAGUGCAGAUGUUGAUGUUAUUCCAGUCUCCAGACACAUCAUACUGCUGAGCUGAGCUGGAGGUAAUACGAGGCUGCAACACAUCCACUGCUCCCCAUUCAGGAGCAAAGGAAGGGCGGGAAGGAUGUAAGUACCCUCCGGAGGCAGGAAGAGGAGGGCAGAGGGGCCUGCAAAGAAAGGUAACUUCUGAACAAGUUCUGCGAAGAACAUCUUGUGAGAGUUUUGCCCGAGGAGUGCUCUAAGUCUAAAGUGAAUUCAAGAUGCACAGCAAUGACAACAAGAAGAAAUAAGUAGUAGAAAAAUACAUUUCAAGCUAAAUGCCUGUGCAAUUAUAAGGGGGGAAAUAAGAUUGUGCUGAAGAAAGAGACACUUGCUGAAAGUGAGAAGAAUGCUAAAGUAAUACAAAGACUAUGCUGUUCGGGAGGUUAUAUCUGUGAAUCCCUGGCAUGAUAUUUGAAUUAUAAUUGUAAACGAAUGGCAAGUCCUCCACCUCCCUAUCCUAGAUCACACACAGGGGAGAAGUUACAUCAGUGUAUGGAAUGUGGGAAACAAUUUGAUAGGAAAAGUCAUCUUACUAGACAUGAACGCACCCACACAGGGGAGAAGCCUUAUAAAUGCAUGGAAUGUGGAGGAAGCUUCAGUCGCAGUGGCAGCCUACGUUCCCAUCAAAGGACCCACACAGGGGAGAAGCCAUAUAAAUGUAUGAAAUGUGGAGGAAGCUUCAGUCGCAGUGGCAGCCUACGUUCCCAUCAAAGGACCCACACAGGGGAGAAGCCAUAUAAAUGCAUGGAAUGUGGAGGAAGCUUCAGUCGCAGUGGCAGCCUACGUUCCCAUCAAAGGACCCACACAGGGGAGAAGCCAUAUAAAUGCAUAGAAUGUGGAGAAAGCUUCAGUCACAGUGGCAGUCUACGUUCCCAUCAAAGGACCCACACAGGGGAGAAGCCACAUAAAUGCAUGGAAUGUGGAAAGAGCUUCAGUCAGAGUUGCCAUCUACGUUCCCAUCAAAUGACCCACACAGGGGAGAAGCCACAUAAAUGCAUGGAAUGUGGAGAAAGCUUCAGUCAGAGUGGACAUCUACGUUUCCAUCAAAGGACCCACACAGGGGAGAAGCCACUUAAAUGCGUAGAAUGCGGAAAGAGCUUCAGUCACAGUUCUCAUUUGCGUACCCAUCAAAGGACCCACACAGGGGAGAAGCCAUAUAAAUGCAUAGAAUGCGGAGUAAGCGUCAGUCACAGAGGCAGUCUACGUUACCAUCAAAGGACCCACACAGGGGAGAAGCCAUACAAAUGCAUAGAAUGCGGAAAGAGCUUCAGUCGGAGUGACAGUCUACGUUCUCAUCAAAAGACCCACACAGGGGAGAAGCCACAUAAAUGCGUAGAAUGCGGAAAGAGCUUCAGUCACAGUUCUCAUUUGCGUACCCAUCAAAGGACCCACACAGGGGAGAAGCCAUAUAAAUGCAUAGAAUGUGGAGAAAGCUUCAGUCGGAGUGACAGUCUACGUUCUCAUCAAAAGACCCACACAGGGGAGAAGCUACAUAAAUGCGUAGAAUGCGGAAAGAGCUUUAGUCACAAUUCUCAUUUGCGUACCCAUCAAAGGACCCACACAAGGGAGAAGCCAUAUAAAUGUAUGGAAUGUGGAAAGAGCUUUAGAGAAAGUUCAGCAUAUAUUAGACAUCACAGAACCCAUGCGCCACUAGAGGAGACGGGCCUUUAAGUUUCCAAGCCCUCUUCAAAAGAACAUUGGAAGGAAAGAGGAAAGCCACCACCUUGCUCUCUCUCUCUCUCCCAUGAACUGCAAUUUGACUGCUGCUGACAGGUCUCACUCAGAGGGGGGCUUUUCUCAGCAUUGCAGCAAGCUUUGAAGGCGUUCACCUAACCUCCUCCAUAAAGAAACCCCUCACAGGCUUCUAGGAUGAUCUCUGAAGGUUUGCUGAAAUGAGCAGAAGCUGAGAUCUCUGGAUAAAAAGGGUUCUGAAAAAGAAUAGCUCUUUGGUAGCAGAUUACGUCAUAUCUUGAUACGCUUGUCUCAUGUCUUGGCUCUACUGCCCCUCGGUUAGAAUUUGGGGCUCCAGCCAUGUACCUGUAACCCUUUCCUGGACUUUGUUGUGUCCUGAAUCGUUGACUAAAUUCUGGACUGACUGCCUGGUUUCAUUUAUGAACUAGGACUUUGUUUGUAUCCCCGUCUUUUUGGGUUAUCUUUGAGACUCUGAAUUCUGUUUGUAUUCUUGAUUUUUUGGUUGUUAUUUUAUCAUCUCUGUCGAAUGAACUCUGGGCAUGUGACUAUUGGACUGUUAUCUUGGCUAUUGUUUUUUCUUGCUCCUGACCUGGAUCUGCAGUUCUUGACAUGUCUGCAUUAAUUUGACUCUUGACCUUGACUUGUGUUCACUGUUACUCCGACUGUGUUGAUGCAAUUAUAUUAUUUUAGCAGGACUCAAGAUUUUAAAGGUAAAGGAUUUAAAGUUUAAAGGUAAAGACUCAAGUCUUGAAAGGUAUGGUCUUGGCUUACCUUGUGUUCCUCAGACCUUAUACCGGGAGAGCCCUGGUACACGAGACCAUCAGUCUUGCUUUGUGUGUACUAAUCCCUGCUUAGAGUGAACCCAUUUCUGUAUUUGAGACUGUUUAAUCGCCACCUUUGGCAAAGGGUCCAUUAGGAUACACAGCAUAUCUCCCUAACUGUAGGGAUUGGAAGACACCGGAUUAUGACAACAGCUGAUGAAGAUAAAUGAUGGUGAUGAUGAUGGUGGUGAUGAUAAUUUAUUUGUAACCCGCCCUAUCUCCCCGAGGGGACUCAGGGCGGUUUCCAGCAAGUAACAAAAUGCCAAACAUUCAAUGCCAUAAAGUUAAAAACAAUAGAUAUGACAAUCACAAUAUAAACCUAUGAAUGAAACUAAAAACAUAACCAAAUAUUAAAACCUAAACAUACUCUCACACAUUUACCAUAGUAAAAUCCUACAUGUUUCACAUAAUGUAGUUUACGGCUUCCCAGGAGCUGAGGUAGGUGUCCAAUAUCUGGGCGAGGAUAUUUAUAUGAUGUAGUAGUCCUCCUCCUCUCCAUAUGCUAAAGUGCAUAAAUGGGUUUUUAAAAGCUUUUUGAAGGAGAGGAGAGGGGGCCAUUCUUAGUUCUUUAGGGUGGAGUUCCAGAGACAAGGGGCGAUCACGGAGAAGGCCCCUCUCUUGUCUCCCCACAACCGAGCUUGGGACGGGAGUGGGACCGAGAAGAGGGCCUCCUCUGCAGACCACAGCACCCGUGCUGGUUUAUUUAUGGAGGUGCCGUUUUUCAAAAACUCUGGACCCGAAAUGCUUAGGGCUUUAUAGGUAAUAACCAGCACUUUGUAUUAAGUCCAGAAGCGGACGGGCAGACAGUGGUUGCUCUCCCUUUAUGGUGCUCCACAAAUUAACCUGGUUGCGGAUCUUUGAACAAUUGAACCUUCCGAACUAUCUUCAAAGGCAGCCCCACGUAGAGAGAGUGGCAGUGGUCCAGGUUGGAUGUAACUGGACUCAUUAAUCCGUUGAGAUGGACAAAUUAACUAAAUGGAUGAAGUAUAGAACAGCAUUUAGAGGAAUAGAGGUAAAAAUCAUAUAGUGAAUGAGAUGUUUAUAGACUAGUGUUCGUUGGCCGUUAGUUUUGAUCUUAUUGUACAAGACGUGUGUCCUUGUUCGCUUUAUAUUUGUUAAGUAGUACAGUAGAGUCGCACUUAUCCAACACUCGCUUAUUCAACGUUCUGGAUUAUCCAACGCAUUUUUGUAGUCAGUGUUUUCAAUAUAUCAUGAUAUUUUGGUGCUAAAUUCGUAAAUACAGUAAUUACUACAUAGCAUUACUGUGUAUUGAACUACCUUUUAUGUCAAAUUUGUUGUUAAACAUGAUGUUUUGGUGCUUAAUUUGUAAAAUCAUAACCUAAUUUAAUGUUUAAUAGGCUUUUCCUUAAUCUCUCCUUAUUAUCCAACAUAUUUGCUUAUCCAAUAUUCUGCCAGCUCGUUUACGUUGGAUAAGCGAGACUCUACUGUACUUCUAAAAAGGGACCAGAAUGAUAAUUUGUGUAAAAACGUUAAAUACCUAAAUUGUAAUUUGCAUAAGCAUGCUUUGUUUUGUUUGUUGUUUUUUUGUCUUUGUAUAAAAAUUGUUUAUUCUAUGAA